CUCCCUCUCCUAGAUUUCCCACCCACACACACUCACACACUUGACAGUACUCCCAACCCAAGCACCAAAAUCGAAAAAGGUCCCAAUUAACAAACCACCUAAACACCAAAAAUGGACGCUCUCUUCCUUAACUCACCCGUCCCAACCCUCAAACUCUCCAGUAAACUCGCCAUUUUCAGACCCACCAUUUCCGUCUCCGUUUCCAAGCUUCCCAUUUCCUCUUCCUUCUCAGCCUCAGCCACGCUUCAAAACCAACAACGGCAGCAAGAAGACGAAAAACAGGUCCUUCCGGCGGUGCAAGAAUUCGAGGACUACAACCAAGAUGAAACCUACGGGGAAGUUAACAAGAUCCUGGGCAGCAGGAAAACCUCUCUCCCAAACGGGGCCCAAGUCAUGGAAUACUUAAUUGAGUGGAAAGACGAUCAUACCCUCACGUGGGUCCCAUCCGAAUUCAUAGCUAAAGACGUCAUAGCCGAAUUCGAGACCCCGUGGUGGACGGCGGCUAAGAAAGCCGACGAAGCAGCGCUCAAGAGCCUCAUCGAAGCCGGCGACGGACGUGACGUCGAUGCUGUCGACGAGGACGAAAGAACGGCUCUGUUGUUCGUGUCGGGGCUCGGCUCGGAGGAUUGCGUCAAGUUGUUAGCUGGAGCCGGAGCCGACUUGGAUUAUCAGGAUAAGAACGGCUUCACGGCUUUACAUAUUGCGGCUGGGUAUGUGAAGCCGGGGGCCGUUAAGGUGCUGGUCGGAUUGGGUGCGCAUCCCGAGGAGGAAGACGAUAGAGGACGGACGCCGUUGGAUUUGGCGCGAGAGAUUUUAAAAGUGACGCCGAGAUUGCAAUUUGCGAGAAGAUUAGGGUUAGAGAGUGUAAUUAAUAUUUUGGAAGGGGAAAUAUUCGAGUACGCGGAGGUGCAGGAGAUAUUGGAGAGGAGAGGGAAAGGUGAUAAAGUGGAGUAUUUGGUCAAAUGGAAGGACGGCGAGGAUAAUGAGUGGGUCAAAGCUGGAUUAGUGGCAGAGGAUUUGAUUAAAGAUUUUGAGGCUGGGUUGGAAUAUGCUGUGGCCGAGUGUAUUCUUGAUAGGAGAGAAUCAGCAGAUGAGGGUGGGAAGAAAGAGUUUUUAGUUAAGUGGACGGAUACAGAUGAGCCCACGUGGGAGCCUGAGGAAAAUGUGGACCCUCUUUUGAUUCAAGCCUAUGAGAAGAUUGAUCAAAAUGGCAAUGGAAUGAGUUCAUAAUUCAGACUUACUAAUUUCUACUCCACUUAUGAUCCAAUCUGCUUCAUUUUCUUUUGUAAGAUCUAAUUAGUUUUUGUCCACAAGUUUUGGGCUAGGAAAUUAGUGAUCAAUUCAGGACAAUAUUGUUGUACACGAUGAACAUGUUAUUGUACAUUAAUUGUUGUUGUUGAGAUGAAAGUUGCUGAAACUCGAAUGAAUUUCUUCAAUAGUCAA